AAACCCGCACCCCACUCUCCCUCUCCCACCUCCCACUUCUCUUUCUUUUUUCCUCUUUCACGUUCUCCGUGAAUUUUUCGAUUUUCUCUCACUUUCCUGCUGUCCAAACGAGGAAAGAAAAAAAAAAAAUGAGAAGAGACGACUUGUACAUUACGGUUCCGAGUUUUUUUCGGUGUCCGAUAUCGCUGGACGUGAUGAAAUCCCCUGUGAGCUUGUGCACGGGCGUAACAUACGACCGAGCCAGCAUUCAACGGUGGCUAGACAGCGGUCACAACACGUGUCCGGCCACGAUGCAGGUUCUCCAAAGCAAAGAAUUCGUUCCGAACCGAAAUUUACAACGACUCAUUCAGAUCUGGUCAGACUCAGUAGCUCGCCGUCAAGUCGAAGCCGACUCAGCGGCUACCUCAGUCGUCGUUCCUUCUCCAGAUCAGGUCAAAGUCUUGGUUAAACAGCUCGACAACAAUUGCUUUUCAUCGUUAGCGAAGAUCGUUUGUUUCGCGAAAGAAUCGGAGGAGAACUGCGAAUUCCUCGCGAGAAUGGACGGGUUUUUGAACGCGGUGUUUGAUUUCAUGAGGAAUGCGGAUUCGGACAUCAAAUUAAUUGAACAAGUUGUUAAGAUUCUGGAUUUGAUGUCAAGUAAAAUUUUGGAUAAGAAGCCGUUGUUGGAAUCGAAUUGCUUGUCGACGAUUCUUCUCGUUUUUCAAGGAGGGUGUUUAGAUUCGCAAAUCCAGUCGGUUCGAUUACUGGAGUCCAUCGCCGUCGAUGGUGAGUCCAUGCUCAAAAUAGCCGAAAAGGAUGGAUUAGUAUCCGAAUUAGUGAAAUCAAUAAGGAAAGAGAAAGACCCGAGAUUGAUCGAGGCGAGCUUAUCUUGUUUGAUCGCAAUCACAAUGCCAAAACGCAUAAAAACCAGACUAAUCCAAUCCCGAACUAUCCCAGAACUUAAGAACCUCGUAUCCGAACCGAAUACGACCGUUUCGAUAAUGGAGAAGUCAUUAAAACUUCUCGAAACGUUGUCGUCUUGCAAAGAAGGGAGGGCAGAGAUAUGGCAUGAUACAAUAUUAUUACAAGCGAUUAUGCAGAAAGUGUUGAAAGUAUCGAGCAAAGCGACAGAGCACGCGGUGACGAUACUUUGGAGCGUUUGUUAUUUGUUUACAGACGAGAAAGCGCAAGAAGCGGUGGUUAGUAGUAACGGGAUGACGAAGUUUUUGUUGCUGAUGCAAAGCAAUUGUUCUCCUGCGGUUAGGCAAAUGUCGGCGGACUUGCUCAAGAUUUUUCGGGUUAAUUCCAAGUCUUGUUUAUCAAGUUAUGAUACUAAGACUACCCAUAUUAUGCCCUUUUGAGGAAUUUUGCUUCUGCAUUCUCUUUUCUCUUUCCUUCUUAAACGGAUGGGGAAAAGAAAUUAAGGAGUCAAAAAGGAAAAAAGUUUGUAAAUCAAAGGAAAAAUUUUGUUAGUGGAAUACAAAAAAGAGAAAUUCAUUUGGUUUUAAUUAGGGAGUUAAUAGAAUUCCUGUUUUCUUCGAUUCUUUUUAUUAAUGUUUGAUCAUUGAUGGGUAUUUGAAUGAAUCAAAGGAUAUGCAUUAAAGGAGCCAA